GGCGAGGAGCAGGCAGUGUGUGUGGCCGAGAGCCUGCCAUAUCUAGGCCCUUGCUGGCCCGGACAGCACAGAGGCGGCCUCUGCCUCCUGGACGCCUGGACGUGUGGAGGGAGUGCCCUUCCUUCCUCGGAGGAGCAGGCCGAGGGCAGUUUCUCCCUGGGGGACCAGGGGCAGCUCCGUGGCGUCACCCAUGGGCUCCUGUCCUGCGGAGAAUGGUGCGGCCCCGGCCAUCCCCCAGCUGCGGCCGAGCGAGAAGUUCCACCUGUUUGUGAGUUACAGCAGCGUGGACGCCGCGUGGACCCACGGGCUCAUCGGCCGCCUGGAGGCGGACCACGCGGGGCUGAGGGUCUGUCUGCACGAGCGGGACUUCAUGCCUGGCAGGAACGUGCUGGAGAACAUGGCAGACUGCAUCCAGCGCAGCCAGAAGGUGCUGCUGGUGCUGAGCCAAGACUUCGUGCAGAGCCGCUGGUGUCUGCUGGAGGCGGACCUGUCCCUCUUCGGCUCCUGCCUGGAGAGAAAGCCGGUCAUCCCUGUCCUGCUGAGCCCCUGCCGGAUUCCGCUGCACCUCAGCCACCUGACCUACCUGGAGGCCACGGACGGCCGCUUCUACCAGAAGGUGGUGCAGCUCCUGUGCACCCCCAACCACCGCGUGGCGCGCCCCCCGGGCCUGCGCGCAGCCCCCACCCUCUACAGCGGGAAGACCCUGCUGUCGCUGGAUUGCGUCAACAGGGAGAGCCUGCCGUCCUGGCGGGUGGGCACCUUCAGCACCCUGGCCGUCCCGGACCCCUUGAGGGAGGUGCUGGAGGACCCCGAGGUGUACAAGCAGGCCCUGGGCAUCCUGAACGGCGUGCGCUCGCCCCGCUCCUGCCUCCGGUACCUGGGCUGCCGAGUCACGCUCGGUGUCAUCCUGAUCCUGCUCUCCAUGGCAUCCGUGUUCCUCCCUCUGGUUCUGGGGAUCCAGGAAAACCACCCGGCGCAGCGCUUUCUCCUGAUCUCGGCCAACAUGUUCUUCUGCCCCCUCCUCAUGGUCUUGAGCGUUAACACCCUGUGCUGGUUCCGGAGGUUCUCCAAGAGGAAGAUGCGGGAGCUGGCCCGCAGCGUCGGGGAGGCCAACCUGCUGCUGGCGCCGCACUCUGUGCUCAUGGGCUGUGACACCCGGAACAAGCUCUACUUCGUGUACGUGCUGCUGGGGGACUGCAGGCAGGCCCUGCUGGGCUCCCCGGAGAACGAGGCCCUCUUCCAGGAGGCCCUGCUGCAGUUCUCGUGCAGCUACGCCUGCUGCCUCGCGCACGCGCACUUCCCGCCCUGCGAGGACACUGUGCUGGCCCCGGGCCACCUGGAGCUGGGCCUGUGCUUCUGCCAGUUUGUCUUCCUGCAGCUGAAGAGACGCGGGGGGCCUGGGGUGAACCCCGUGUAAUGGCUGGAGGCCGGGGCGGGGCUUCUUGUGGGACGUGCCGCGGGCCCGGGCGGCAGAGCAGGGAGACCCUUGGGCCCCUUCCCCAUCCGGGCGCCCACAGCCUGCUCUGAGGGCAGCGGUGACGGCCACCCGCCCACCUGCCCUGGCGUCCUGCCCCAGCCCGAUGGUUUGGGGAGGGGGGGCUUUGGUCAAACUACCUGCGCGGAGGCUGGGGAAAGCAGCGGUCUCGCCAUGGGAUCCCCCUGGAGACAGUCACUGCUCCUCUGGAUGGCCGGUUGGUGUCUGGGGUGGGGGUAGAACACCCCGCCCCCACCUCCUUCUCCUCCAGGAACCUGGCCCUUCUUGUGGGGGGCACACCAGGCCGCCCCCAAGGGAACCGGGUUGUCCACCUGCCAGGUUGGACGUGGACUGACUCCAGCCGGGUACCCGGUCUCUCCCCUCCCGGCUGCCUCCCUCCAGCUCCUGAGAGGCAGGCCUCUGCUCUCGUCCUGUCCUUCGCCUUCUGGAGGAGCCUGUGCCUGGGGCUGUAGCGCCACCUCCGGAGCCCGGCGCAGGGCCGGCGUCCAUCCACCCGGCUGCCUCCACUGCUGGCGCUUCUGCCGACGCUGUUCACUGCACAAGGCUGCAGCAUCCGAGGGCUGCGAGGGUGAACUCAUUCCGGGUGGGCGACGUGGCAGGAGUGGCACUGGGGGUCCCGGCUGAGCGGCAUGGCCCCCUCGCUCUGUGCCCACCCAGGCGACAGCCCCCCUGGGUGGGGUCCCCUAGGUCCCGGAGCACCAGGGUGGGACAGUGGGGAUGUGCAGUUUCCCAGCCUGUGGAUGAGCAGCUGGCAGAGGCCGAGUCCAGGGCUGGGCAGAUGCCCCUGGCCCCCCGCGGGGAGCCCCUCCCGCAGCCAGGUGCUGCACUAGUGAGAGCUCAGCUAGGCUUCGGCGUGGUAUCGCUGCCCUGCAGCCCCUUGCUCGGGCCUGGCCGCCUUGCAGUCAGCAAGUGCCGGCCCUGGGCAGCAGCUGCGGAGCCACAGGCAGAAGGGGCUCAGAGACUCGGUGCCUCCCUCCCAGGCCCUCCCCUGAUGCCCCAGAGCAGACCCCAACCCCGCUCUUUUGGUUGAAUCGUCCACUCCGCCCCCAGCCCGUAGACCCCGAUAGAGGCCCGGGCCUGGGUCCUGCCCUGGCGGCACUGCCCGACCUUCCCGUGAGCCACAAACACCUGCUUCGUUUUCUCCCGUGGUCUCUUUUUCUCCCGGCUCAGCCUCCAGCACCUGUACUCCACUCAGUGAGUGUUAAUGGAACAAAACCCUGACACGAGUCUCCUGCAGGAGGCUGGCACAGCCCGGUCACAUCUGUCCUGGGGCCGGGAUGUAGAAGGCCCCUCUCCCGAGGGGCCCGGCCCAUGCGCAGGAGGGUGAGAGGCAGAGAGGAGGGGCUCUGCGCAAGGAGGGGGGCGGCAUAACCAAGCCUCCAGGGGGAGCCCAGACCUGGCAGACCCCAGAGACGGGCCCUGACGGCCUCGCAGUGCCAAUGGGGCUGGGCUGCCCCACACGUGUAACGGCUGAGGGCUGGGGAUGCAGCAUGGCCCGGACAUGGCAGAGGGCACUGCCAAGAGGAAGAGCGUCCCUUGAGCCUCAGAGCUCCCUGGGUGGCUUUGGGUUCUUGGGGACCGUGCUGAGCACCAAGACCCACCCGAGGGUCCCGGCACCUGGCCUCUGAGAUGUCCAAGGCAGAGACACCGUCCAGGCCCCACGUGGAAAAGGAUCCUGCUGUGUAGCACUGGGAACCAUACGCAGUCACUGAUGAUGGAGCCGGAUCGUGCGAGAAACAGGAUGUAUACAUGUGCGUGUGGCUGGUUUUCCUGCUGCAUAGUAGAACAUUGACAGAACACUGUAAACCAGCUAUGGUGGAAAAAAUAAAAAUCA